AUGGACGUCGUCCCCGCGGCGGAAUCUCCCAAUCUUUACUUUCUCGACCUCGUGAGUUCCGGCCCCAUGCUCAUCGACCGAGGUCUCGUUCUCCCGGACGGCGAGGUGGACAACCACUAUCUCCCCGUCGACAAGUUCGAGCUCCUGCGCAUCGAUGACAGUGUUGUGUACAAGAACAUCGGCGACAUCAAGGUGGUCGACAGGAGCCACCUGUACCCCGGACAGUUGGUCGGAUCGGCCUCCGACAUGGGCGGCCAAAUCGGCGUCAUCACCGGCGUCAACACCAUGCUCAACCUGGCCAAGCUCGACAACAAAGGCCUGCCAAUCAAGGUCAUCAGGGGAGUGCCCCCAUCUAGCCUGCGGCGCAUCAGGAGCCUCAACCUUGGCGACUUUGUCGUGUCCGGGCCGUGGCUCGGCCGCGUCGUGGAGGUGUCGAUCGACAUCGAUGUAUUGUUCGAUGACGGAGCCGUCUGCAGGGGGCAGUCCGUCGGCGGGCCGGACGCUUGUUCAAUCUUCAAGGCGGCACGGUGGCUUAAUGGCUAUUGGCAUCCUCAACGAGACCUAGGAACCAUCAUGACGCUGGAGACCUCUGGCGUCCUCGUCUACUGGGUUGCAUCAAUGCAUUGUGGCACCGACAAGGAGCUACUGGAGGCAUCCGCUCCUCCGGCCUACCAGAACCCAGACGAUCUAACAUUUUUCUGCGCCUCGUACGAUUGCUGCUGGGGGCUUGCUGACCGCUGUUUUUUCCUUGAAACUAGUUCCAACGAAGGGGGUGCAGCUUGCUCUCCUGAUCAACAUCAUGAUGAUGAUGAUGAUGAUGGGGAGGAGGAGGAAUAUAAUGCAUGCUCAGAGGACAAUCAAGAAGAGUGUGAAGCAUCAACCUCUCAGGUGGUACCUCCCACGAAGCAGAAAGAUGCGAGGUUUUAUCGGAAGCAGCUAAGGAAGUUUGUCUUUGAGGGCCAUAGACGGGCACAACGGUCACAAGUCAUGAGACAUGUGGAGGUGGAGUUUCCCAUGCUCGUCGCCAACACGUGCACCACCGUAGACGUGCUGUGGCAAGACGGCACACGGCAACAAGGCAGGCCUUCAGCGACCAUCGUCCCCUUUGGGAUCUGGAAUGAGCAAGAGUUCUUUCCCGGGCAACACGUUGUCGCCAACCUUCCUGUUAAUGCCACCGUUGACGCUAUUGAUGACAUGACAACUAUUAGUGUCAACAACGGCAUUGCCGCACCUGGAACUAGACCAGCGGAGCGUGUGGGCAUCGUCAAGAGCAUGCAAUACGAGGACCAGACGGUUUGUGUAUCAUGGUUCAAGACGCCAGGGCAUCCUGAUGAGGCUAGGGAGGUUGAGUGCGAUGAUACCGUCAGUGCUUAUGACCUAAGAUUGGACUCUAACCACUCUGCUUACUAUGGUGAUAUUGUCAUUCGUAUCCUACCAUCAGUAUCAACAGAUGACGGCAAAAGUGCACCCUUGUUACAGGGAAACAAGAAGAAAAAUGCCGUUCCCGCCAAUCUUUCAUGGGUGGGGCGGGUAGUUGAACUUUCUAAUGGGCACGUCCAAGUCAAGUGGGGUGAUGGUAGCAUGUCAACGGUAUGGCCCCAUGAGAUCGUUGUCGUCAAUGACGAGAACUACAUGGAGCUAUGGCUUGAAAUGGGCGACUGGGUAGAGGACGAUGGCAUUGAUGACGCACCCGAAGAACCGGUUGCUGCCAACACGGACAUUGAUCUUCAGAAUCUAGAUAACGGUGUCGAAAGCGUCAGCACGACAAUGUCAAGGACAAGACUUUUUGGUUCUUCAUUCCGGUCUUUGCUCCAAUUGACCAGCGACAUGGUGGCUCGAGGUAAAGGAUACUUGAUGAACUGGCGAUCAUCGUUGUCGUCGUUGCCAAGCUCAGAGUUACCCGCGCCCGCAAACGAUGAUAGUAUCGGUGGUGCUGCAGUGGGGACCAGCGAUGCUGCUGUAGAUGUGACCAGCCAUGGUACCUGUUGCUCCGAUGAAUCGUUCUGCUUUCCACGUUUCGAUGUACUGCAGAUCAGCCCUCUGGAUCACCACUACCUUGACACUACGGACCAGGAAAUGCAGGGCACUAGUCGUGCGAAGAGUUGGGCUAAAGCAGUGCAAAAGGAAUGGAAAAUUCUGGAGAACGACUUACCAGAAACCAUCUACGUGCGAGCGUUCGAGGACCGCAUGGAUCUGCUCCGGGUGGUGAUGGUGGGCGCGAGCGGGACACCGUACCAUGACGGCCUCUUCUUCUUCGAUCUGCAGCUACCUCCUUCGUACCCAGAUGCCCCACCGCAAGUGUAUUACCACUCCUUCGGCCUACGCCUCAAUCCAAACCUCUACGAGUCUGGUACAGUGUGCCUCAGCCUGCUAAACACAUUCGGUGGCGAGGGCACCGAGGUCUGGUCCUCGACGGCGUCAAGCCUCCUCCAAGUCGUUGUCUCCAUCCAGGGCCUUGUCCUCAAUGACAAACCAUACUACAAUGAGACUGGCUAUGAGACAAUGGUCGACAAACCGGAGGGCCUCCGCAAUGCGCUGCCCUACAGCGAGAAUGCUUAUCUGCUCACCCUCCGGACCAUGCUACACCUUUUACGUCGGCCACCUCAGGGAUUUGAGGAAUUCAUUAAGGAACACUUCCGCCAUAGGGGAAGGUUUGUGCUCAGGACAUGCAAUGCGUGGCUGCAGGGAAAUAUUGUCGACAAUGCUCAUGCCACUGAAGUGAGUAGGAAGCAGCCGUGCUCGGCUGGGUUAAGGCUUGCACUCACCAACGUGGUGCCAAGCCUCAUGGCGGCCUUCACAGAGAUCCGAGCCGACGGGUGCGAAGAGUACCGUAGCUGUGAAUCAAAUUGCCAUGUGCUCUCAGCAACUCACUAG